UCUUCUUGAUAAAGAGACGAUUUUUAUUAUUGGGUUUUGAUUAAAAAAACCGAGACUUUUUUUUUGGAUUGGCUUCCGUGAUCCAAUCCUCUGAAUUGUUCUUUUAAGAUGCAGCAUAAUCUGUUCACAACAAUGCGAAGUUUGAAGCUUGCAGAAGGUUGUAAAGGUACACAAGUUUAUGCUCUUAAUCCCUCCGCUCCCCCUCCGCCUCCUCCUCCUGGUAAUAGCGGCGGUGGAGGCAGCGGCGGCACCGGAGGAGGUGGUGGAGGAGUUGGGGAUAAGCUUUUACAACACCUUUCGGAUCAUCUUCGUGUUAAUUCAGUCCGAUCCAAAUCGAGCCGGACUUAUCCACCUCCGAAUCAAGCCAACGCCGUCGUCUCCCCGGAGUUUCUUCUCCCUUGUGGACUCCCUGUGACGGAUCUGCUUGAGCCUCAGAUCGAUCCUUGUUUGAAAUUUGUUGAUUUGAUUGAGAAGAUGGCUGAAGUUUAUAGGAGGAUCGAAGCUUGUCCACAGUUCGAGAAAUCUGGGGCGUAUUUAGAGCAAUGCGCUAUAUUCCGGGGGAUUUCUGAUCCUAAACUGUUCCGGCGGAGUCUCCGGUCGUCUAGGCAACACGCCGUGGAUGUUCACGCCAAAGUCGUGUUAGCUUCGUGGCUUCGGUUUGAGAGGAGGGAGGAUGAGUUGAUCGGUACCUCUUCUAUGGAUUGUUGUGGGAGGAAUUUGGAAUGUCCAAAGGCCACUCUUGUUUCAGGGUAUGAUCCGGAAUCUGUUUAUGAUCCAUGUGUUUGCUCUGGAGCUUCUAGUUCUUCCAGAUCAGAGAUGAUGAAUGAUGAUGAUGUUCCUGGAUGUUCUACUUCUGAUGAAGUGGAUUAUGAUAUGUCUUUCUGUAUUGGUGAUGAAGAGGUUCGUUGUGUGAGGUACAAAAUCGCGUCUUUGUCGAGACCUUUCAAGGCGAUGUUGUACGGUGGGUUUAGAGAGAUGAAACGAUCGACGAUCAACUUUACAAACAAUGGAAUCUCUGUUGAAGGAAUGAGAGCUGCAGAGAAUUUCAGCAGGACCAAUAGGUUGGAUAACUUCCCUCCUAAUGUUGUCUUGGAGCUUCUUAGGCUGGCGAAUCGGUUCUGCUGCGAUGAGUUGAAAUCUGCUUGCGAUUUGCAUUUGGCACAUCUUGUUAAUUCACUGGACGAGGCAAUGCUGUUGAUUGAGUAUGGAUUAGAAGAGGCUGCGUACCUUCUGGUGGCAGCUUGUCUUCAGGUUUUUCUCAGGGAGUUGCCGAGCUCUAUGCAUAAUCCGAAUGUUAUAAAGAUCUUCUGCAGCGCCGAGGGACGGGAAAGACUGGCAUCUCUUGGCCACGCUUCUUUUUCAUUGUACUUCUUCUUAAGCCAGAUCGCGAUGGAAGAUGAUAUGAAAUCUAACACAACUGUGAUGCUCUUAGAACGUUUGGUUGAAUGCGCAGUAGAAAACUGGGAGAAACAGCUUGCUUACCACCAAUUAGGGGUGGUGAUGCUUGAAAGGAAAGAAUAUAAGGAUGCUCAGAGAUGGUUUAACGUAGCGGCUGAGGCUGGUCAUCUUUACUCCCUCGUGGGCGUUGCUAGGUCUAAGUUCAAGCGUGACCAUAGAUACUCAGCUUAUAAGAUCAUCAACUCACUGAUUUCAGAUCACACGGCUACUGGGUGGAUGCACCAGGAGAGGUCCUUGUAUUGCAAUGGUAAAGAAAGGCUGCUUGAUUUGGAUACAGCUACCGAGUUAGACCCGACUUUGACAUUCCCCUACAAGUUCAGGGCAGUGGCGUUGGUGGAAGAGAACCAGUUUGGAGCUGCGAUCGCAGAACUGAACAAGAUUCUUGGAUUCAAGGCCUCUCCUGACUGUCUGGAAAUGAGGGCAUGGAUUUCUAUAGGUAUGGAGGAUUAUGAGGGUGCUUUGAAAGAUAUCCGGGCGCUAUUGACAUUGGAGCCAAAUUUUAUGAUGUUUAACGGGAAGAUCCAUGGUGAUCAUAUGGUGGAGUUGCUCCGUCCGCUAGCCCAGCAGUGGAGCCAGGCUGACUGCUGGAUGCAGCUCUAUGAUCGUUGGUCUUCUGUGGAUGAUAUUGGAUCUCUAGCGGUUGUUCAUCAUAUGCUUGCAAAUGAUCCUGGGAAGAGUCUUUUACGGUUUAGACAGUCUCUUCUUCUGUUACGGCUAAAUUGUCAAAAGGCAGCAAUGCGUAGUCUAAGGCUGGCUCGAAACCAUUCAAAGUCGGAGCAUGAGAGACUUGUGUAUGAAGGAUGGAUACUGUAUGAUACAGGCCACCGUGAGGAAGCCCUGGCCAAAGCGGAGGAGUCCAUUUCCAUACAAAGAUCUUUUGAAGCAUUUUUCCUCAAAGCUUAUGCCCUUGCAGACUCUACUCUUGACCCAGAUUCCUCAAAUUACGUAAUCCAACUCCUUCAAGAAGCGCUUAAAUGCCCCUCAGAUGGUCUCCGUAAAGGACAAGCUUUGAACAACCUGGGGAGCGUAUAUGUGGAUUGUGAGAAGCUGGAUCUUGCAGCUGAUUGCUAUACAAAUGCGCUCACCAUCAAGCAUACACGAGCUCACCAAGGUCUCGCACGUGUUUAUCACCUGAAAAACCAACGGAAAGCUGCUUAUGAUGAGAUGACAAAGCUAAUAGAGAAGGCUCAGAACAAUGCGUCGGCCUAUGAGAAGCGCUCUGAAUAUUGUGACCGCGAGAUGGCACAGAGUGACCUUAGCCUGGCAACACAACUUGACCCUCUCCGAACCUAUCCUUACAGAUACAGAGCUGCAGUUCUUAUGGACGACCACAAAGAAAGUGAAGCCAUAGACGAGCUUUCAAGGGCGAUAUCAUUUAAACCAGAUCUCCAGCUGUUACAUCUACGAGCAGCAUUCUAUGAUUCAAUGGGAGAAGGAGCAGCUGCUAUCAAAGAUUGUGAAGCAGCAUUAUGUAUUGAUCCAGGUCAUGCAGAUACAGUGGAGCUCUACCAAAAAGCUCGUGAACCAAACGACCAAAAGUAGAAACAAAACAAUCGUUUUGGUUUUGGUGGGCAAAUCUCUUCUCUUCUUCCCUCCUGGUAUGCUUCUACACUGUUUCAUUUUCCUUCUGCAAAACAAAACGGAAACUGAGCAAAAUUAAACAAGGCUCGGUUUGAGUGAACCAGGGAUAAAAGCAAGCAUUGCCAUGUAAAUAGAAACUUCUAUAUAUUUUUUUUCUCUAUAAUUUUGGUUAUUGGGGGAGAGGGGUGAGGAUACUAUAUAAGUAGUGCAGAGAGUGUUUCUUGCUGCCAAAAGAAAGGGAAACCACGAAGAAGAACUUACCUCUGGUGAAAUUGGACUUCUUCUUCUGUCCUAUUUCUAGAUGUAUUAUUGCUUCUUUCUUUCUUUUUUUUUUUCUUUUUUUUUACUGGAAUUAUGUAAUUGUAUCUGUAACUUCUUGAUCUUUUUUACAUGUUUCUUGUAUUGAUUCUCAAAAGCAUCCGGGGAUGUGUUUUUUAUCCUCCUGAAACAAGAAAACAAAGAAACUAUUCAUUCAUACAUUUCCAACUUGUUUCACCAACA